AUGCCGUUAUGUUGCGGAAUGAGUGCAAUCGACCAAGAUCAACAUCGGGGCGAGCAGGAUUUAUUGCAAGACCACGGGCAGAGAGGUUGGCAUGUUCUUUUUGCCUUCACCAGGAGACCGCAUUUGCUAGUUUUGCUGCCUGCCAUUCUGCUUUCACUCGCCGCAGGUCUACUCCUUCCCGUGACAGCCAUUUUCCUUGGAAGAAUUUUCAAUAACUUCUCCGACUUCGCUGCCGGAAAGGUCGACAGCACCACCUUUAGUCAUGAGAUCCUCAACAGUGUUUACGGAUUUCUAGCUCUUGGUGUGGCCACCUUUGUUCUCAGGGGCGGAUUGUUCAACUUUUGGCUACAGUUCGGCGAGAUGCAGGCCAAAUGUGUCCGCGAAGAACUAUUUCGUGCUCUCCUGGAAAAGGAUCUGGAAUGGUAUGACCUAAGGACAACUGGCGUGGAAACGCUCUUAAGAAGAACACACACGCAGACACAAGAUCUCCGAAUCGCGACAUCCCAACCUCUUGGAAUCUCGAUAUCAUACCUUGCACAAGCCUUAGCAGCUAUUGCCUUAGCCUUUUAUACCAAUUGGAAGUUGAGCCUUGUCAUUUUAGCGAGUGUUCCUAUCACAGUUGUGGGAAUAGCCGUGAUUUCUCGUCGCAUACAGGGGAACACAGAACGCUAUGAAGGCAACCUAACGCAAGCAGUGAGAUUGGCGACUUUUGCCAUAACGAAUAUCGUCAUGAUAAAGUGCUUCAAUACAAAGGCUUCAGCGCAACGAAAUUACGUCGAUUGUGUGAAAGCCGCGGCUGAGCACUAUUUGAAGCUCGGAUUUUCACAUGCCCUCCAAGGUGGUUUUGCUCGAUUCAUAUCAAAUGCGAUGUUUGUUCAAGGCUUCUGGUACGGUGGCUCGCAGGUGCAAGCUGGCCGAACCACCGCAGGCAGGGUAAUCACAACCUUUUGGAGCUGCGUAAUUGCCGCAAAGUCAUUUGAAGGCAUCCUCCCCCAAGGCAUGAUUCUCCAGAAAGGCCGAGCUGCCGCUUUCGCUCUUGAAGCGGUGCUAGGCAAGGUUCUGAAAGGCAGAACCGAUAUGGUCAAUGCCGGAGGUCUGACUCCGCAUUUCUGCCAGGGCAAGAUUGAGUUGCGUUCUGUUUCGUUUGCAUAUCCUUCAAAUCCUGAACAUCUUGUCCUCAGAGAUUGCAACUUUACCUUUCCAGCAGGACAAACAACCUACCUCGUUGGAAAGAGCGGAUGUGGAAAGAGCACUAUAAGCUCCAUGUUGCUUCGUUUCUAUCCCCCCAGCUGUGGCACGAUAUUCCUUGAUGGACUCGAUAUACAAACCAUUGACAAAACCUGGCUCAGGAAUAACAUCACCCUUGUCCAACAACAGUGCCAUCUCUUUGACGAAACUAUUUACACGAAUAUUGCUCUUGGUCGGAGGGAUUCUGAUCGAGUGACGGAGGACGAGAUAGAAAGCUGUCUUCAUAUGGCAGCAUUGGAGACCGCUGUGGCAGAUCUCACAGAGGGAAGUAGGACAAGGGUUGGAGUUGGCGGUUCCUCUCUUUCAGGUGGCCAGAAACAACGGAUCGCACUUGCACGAGCAUAUCUCCGUGAUACUCCCAUACUCAUACUAGAUGAGGCAACAAGCGCCCUUGAUUACUCAAUUAGAACUACCAUUACGAGAAAUAUACGACAUUGGAGAAGAGGAAGAACGACAAUUAUUAUCACCCAUGACCUCGAGCAGAUUGAAGCAGAAGAUUUUGUGUACGUCUUGGGGUCUGGAACCGUCCUCCGUCAAGGCCGCCAAAAGGACGUCACCGACCUCGCAAAACGAUUUUCCGUGAUUUGUCGUAACAGUGACUUCAGCGAAAGUCCCAGUCAUCAGCAAGAUGGCGUCACCUACCGCGUGGCAAGACCAAGGGAAGCCAUCAAAGCUUCGACAUCAACCCGCAGAAGCUCCAGACGGAAAGACUCCUUUGACACAGAGUUUGAACGCGCUGAUGGAUCAACAGUAACCAGGGCUCGUGUCAAACCUCGUGGUAGUGGUGCCCGACAGACAUUCAGACAAUCAAUAUUCCUCGGAAUGCAAGGCACCUUGAUGUCUUUGAAGUGGGCGUCAACAGCUCGAGCCAAAACUUUAUAUCCAUUACCACCUCCAAUUCCCGGCUUUUCCAUUGCAGAGAAAGACAUCAGGUCUAUAGAAUGGGAAAUGACGAGCUCUGAUCGCAGGACAAUCGCUCCUUUCAUGAAGCGGGCUAAUUCAUCUAACUUGGACAACAAGCCGCUACCCAUUCCUCUCAUCGGAUUUACACUUCCCAAGCGGCCAAAAAUUAUAGCUAUCAGUGAGACCAAUGAAGAUGAACGAGUGAGGCCCACGGAGUCACUCCUCACGAUUCUCCGGACAGUCCUUCUUGAUUCAGAUAUGAAGAAAAGGGUGAAGAUUGCCGUAGCGCUUAUUGCGACUACAGGGCAUGCAGCUAUGACUCCCCUGUUCUCAUGGGUGGUUGCACAAGCUCUUGCAACAUUUUUCCUAGGAUCGGGUUUCAAACAGAAGCUGCUAACCUAUUCCUUGUCCAUGCUUGGCGUUGCGAUAUUCGACGGGCUAUGCUAUUUUACGAUGAGUUAUCUGCUGGAGUCAGUAGCCCAAUCCUGGGUUGAUGGGCUUAGGUUCCGAGCAAUAUAUCGCAUUCUCAGGCAGCCCAUGGGCUGGUUUGAUGAUGACUUACACAAAUCGUCAUCGAUCGUGUCGGCACUGGACCGCAAUGCGGAAGAGAUGAAAGACAUAGUGAGCAGAUACGCAGCGCUGAUAGUUAUUGCGACCAUCAUGAUGCUUGUUGGAUCGAUAUGGUCGAUCAUCACUUGUUGGAAACUAACGUUCGUCACUCUCGCUGGAGCACCUGUUGUGUAUGGACUUGCCAAAGCGUUCGACAUGGUCUCAGCACAUUGGGAGAAUUUGACCAACAUGACAAGUGAAAGCAUCGGUCUCAUCUUUGUUGAGACUUUCGUGGACAUUAGGACCAUCCGAGCACUCACACUGGAAUCAUAUUUUCACAAGAAAUACAAAUUUGCGACACAGGAGGCCUUUACUACGGGGCAGCGCCGUGCGAUUUUCAGUGGAGUAUUCUACGGGUUAUCAGAAUCCACCAUCCACUUUCUUACCGCUUUCAUGUUUUGGUAUGGAGGGUUUCUCGCUAAACGACAAGAAUGGUCCGUCGAACCGAUCUUGACAGUGUUUGCGCUGAUAGUGUUUUGUGUAUCUAACGCAGCUGCUAUCAUGGCGUACAUACCUCAAAUCAAUUCUGCAACAGAUACUGCCAGUCGCCUUCUCGAUCUUGCCUGGGAGCCGGUACAUUCACAUGAAGACAUGGGUACGUUUUCACUUGACGUUAGCGACCCAAGCACGCUCUCAGGUCCAAUACACUUCAUCAACCAAACCUUCCACUACCCUACGCGACAGGAUGCACCUGCUUUGCUACGUUUGAAUUUAACAAUACCUUCUGGCAAAUGUACGGCAAUUGUUGGAGAAUCAGGGUCGGGGAAUCCGACGAUUGCAUCGCUUAUACUUGGUCUCUACCCAGCAACGGCAGAUUCAAUCGCCCGAUCCCCCACAGACUCGUCUUGGGACCCGCCUUCUUUGACAUUAUCCGGUCGCGAUAUCAGGACUCUGAACCUACCUAUUCUGCGGUCAAUGAUCUCGAUAGUUCCACAAACCCCAGUCCUGAUUCCUGGUACUGUGCGUGAGAAUAUCAUCUACGGUUUAGAACAAGCGUCUAGCCUGAUUUCGGCUUCUACGAUCGAGGCGGCAACGCAGCUGGCUGGGAUUCACAGCUUCAUUCAAUCUCUCCCGCAAGGAUACGCAACCACUGUCGGCGAAGGAGGGAUGGGUAUGUCCGGUGGUCAAGCUCAACGGAUCGUGAUUGCAAGAGCAUUAAUUCGGAAUCCUCGGGUUCUUAUUCUUGACGAAGCGACAAGCGCCUUGGAUGAUGACAGUGCGAAAAUCAUCAAGGCCAGCGUGGUUCGAUUGGUUCGAGAGAAAAAUGGCCACCUAACGGUUAUUAUAGUGACACAUUCGAAAGCGAUGAUGAGCUUUGCCGAUGAGGUCGUCGUUAUGGAGAAAGGUAGUGUGGUUGAACAAGGCUCAUAUGCUGACUUGUUGGCCCGGCGUGGCAAGCUUUGGGAAAUGCUCAAUGCAAGUCCUCAUAGUGGUUAG